AUGGCAGAGACAUCCCUCAUUCUGGAAAAGCUUCCUCCUCCCCUAAUCUUGAAGUGUGCGGAACUUGUCGACCCGAUUUCCUUUCUGAGAUUCGCGCGAGCAUGCAGGCCGCUAUGGAACAUGCUUAGGCAUAAUCUCAACGCCCAAGUUAAAAAGCAUGCGUUACCACUUCAGGGCUACUAUGACAGAUUUGUCAUUGAGGAACCUGACGGCACCCUGCGUCAAAGAGAUCCCUACGAUGAUGGCUGCUCGGGUCCCUGGGAACUCUUCGAUUAUGACGAUAAUGGUGAUCUUGUUACAAAGCCUGAUGCGAUGCAUAACGUUUUUGAUGAUGUCAUGUAUAGCAGGUUUAGAAUUGUCAGACAAUACUUACGCGCGGGUCUUGACCCUAACUGUUACGAUAUAUUUGGUCAACGUUUGUUGCUUUUCGCAGGCAAGACACGCCAAACGCGGAUUAUGCAACUCUUGCUCAAUUAUGGCGCCAACCCAAACUUACCCUCGUGUGGGUUUGAAGGUGGAGUCAUGGACGGUCUAUGCAAGUAUUAUUGCUUUGAUGUUCCAAAAAGUGUGAUCCGUGUUCUUGCACCUGCCCGUGCCAAAUGCACAGAGACUACCUUUAGCCAUCUUUGCCACCAUAGAAAUGGCGCUGCCAUCAUCAAGACUGCGGCCGAAUAUGGAAUGAACCUUCGUGCGGCGCCAUAUCUAUGCAUUCUUGCCGGUAAGGAAACUCCUGCCUUGCUUCGGGUUUUAUUGAAUCGCGCACCAGAGAUUCUCAAUGUCCGGAAUGGACAAAAUAAGACGGCAUUGGACUGUGCUUUAGAUAUGUGCAAGUCGAGAAAUGCAGUAUAUCUCCUCAAAAAUGGAAUCGAGUUGCAUCCGCCGACUGAAAAGGCUGAAAGCGCAUUGACGACAGCAAUCGAGCAUGAUUUCACUUUUGUGAUCGAGGAGAUCCUGCGUCGCCCUGAGUUGGAUGACCCGGAUUGGAAGUAUGAAUUCGCGAGAUGUCUUCAACUAUCGUAUCGCAAGUAUAAAUUCUAUAUUCUUAAGCUGCUGGUGCAAAAGGUCAAAUCCUGCAACAACCUCCCAGCAAUCCAGGAUUUCCAUUUGUAUGAAAGCGCAGUUAAUCCUACGAUUUAA